CCCACUGACCUAACUCAAGAUGUCACACAUACAUAAUCCAGGGAAUUUGAAAAAAGUACUUUUUGAAACACUCAGAGAGGAAACAAAGCAAGAAAUUAACCUAGCCGAUAUAUCCAUCAUGGAUCUCAUUAAAGGAAGGGUAAAUAAAACAACAAAAGGGAACGUCACAACCUGUGCUAGGUUGUUGAUCUUGCAAUUGUUUGCCAUUGUUUUUGCAAUCUUAUAUCGUUGGAUGCAUGUGCAUUUUUUGAAGAAAUCAGGCACAUAUUUUACCUACAUAUGGCUGGAAAACGUACUUGUAGUUGCUAUACUACACUUAGUUAUGAAAACGCAUCCCAGUUCAUUGCCCAUAGGUGCGAAAGGUGCAAUAAGGCAAUUAAAAUCAAUAUGGCCACUUCUUUUUUUGUACUUAAUACAAGUGGUUGUUGGCGGAUAUGAUUAUAUUUCGUUUACACGCAAGGCUGGUGGAACAGAAUUUUAUCAAUUUUGUCUUGUUUUGGGCAUUCCAGUACUAAUGGCAGUAAUGUAUUCAUUCCGCAAUAUUGAAACUCCAUCAUAUGUGUAUUAUGUUCUUAUUGUGCUGUCAGGCUGGAAAGCUCUGAUGUUAUUGCAAGAUCCUGAAUUUAUUCUUCCAUUUACCACAAGUGGUUGGUGUUUAAUGUUUACCUUUCUUUACUGCUGUUAUUUAGUAAUGCUAAACACCUAUCCACAGAAUCCACCAUUAGAAGUAAUCUACUAUUUAUGUUUAUCCAUGGUUUUUUUCUUGCCUGUGUUUAUUAUUGCGAAUAAGGAGGUUGUAGUUGGAGAUUCUGUUGUAGACAUCAGCAAAUGUGUCGAGGGAAUUCUGAAAGGGUUUAUGUUUGCAAGUUUGAAAUUAUGUAGUAUGUUUUUUAUGUUGCUUGUUCUAAAGAAAUCAGAUCCAUUGACAUGUUUAAUAAUCGUUAAUUUUGCUUUUAUCCCAGAUCAUUUUAUGCAAGCUUUAGUUUACAAAUUAGACUGUACUCUGGCCACUAGUAAGAUUUGUGUAUUAAUGGCGAUUGAUUUUAUUGUUGUACAGUUUAAACCGUACCCGCCUCGACUGGAUCAUGCUCAUUCAUCAGAUCGUAAUUUUGCACUGAUGUCAUGAACAGAAAAUGGUUUUGAAGUAACUUUAUAAUUAUAUCACAAAGACAUUAGAAUUUACCUUGCUAACAUAAUAGUAAGGAAUGUCCAUUGUAUUUAAAAAACUUGCUACAAUGUAUGGUAUAUGAAGAAAGAUAUAUUGUAACCUUUAAUUUUUUUAACUAAAUGUGAAAAUACUUAAGACGUUUUACUUAAUUUUGUCUUUUAUAAACUUUUUAGUAAUUAAUGAAGAAACUUAUUAUGCAUGUGACAUUUUCUUCUGUGAGGGCUUAAAUGUUUAAAUUUUUGUAGUGUUUUGUAAUAAUGAACUUUAAUAGUACUAA